UCUCCUGUCCCCACUCCUGCCCGCCUUCCCUUGUCCGUCCACUCAUCUCUCCGCCCUUUCUCCACUGUCUUCACUGCAGACGUCCCUGCGUUUACGUAGCGCUGCAUCUUCCUAUCUGCCUGACCAUCUCUUGCUCUGUCUCUUAUUCCCUCCCCCUUCCGCCUGAAAUCUCAUCCAUCUGCCUCUUACUCUCUAUCCUUCUUUUUCUUCCAUCUCUCCCUCCCUACAUCUGAUUGUCCGUCUCGUCCCAGCUGAUGACCUAGGCCAUUAUUCUGGUGAGUGUCUACUUGUUUGUCCUUCAGUUUAUUACUUUCUCCCUGUUCUCUGUUAAUUGUACCCAGUCACUGGGAAGAGAUUGACCCUAUUCAAUUAAUCCCUCUGACCAUUCUUCAUCCCUAUUUCCCAGAGGAUGUGCACCCUAUUUGCUCUGCCUGUCCACUGUCAGCAUGAUGGCAGGGUGGGAAUUUUUCUGAUGCUGCUCAUCCUGCCACCUCAGAGCAGAAACUGUGGAAAGUGAGGCAAAUGUUUCCAUAUCAGAGAGACAUAUGGUUGGGUUUGGGGUAGAGCUGGGGAGACCAUUCACCUCCCGAUACUUUGCCAGAGGGCAGCAAAACAUUAUUUAAGAACAUCCUCCCACUGGUGCCUUUCUGGGAUUUAUUUGCUCUGCCACCAUGGAAUACCUGACCUUGGCUUAAAUUCUCUCUGCACUAUGUUCCUCCACACUGCCUGGCCUUUCAGUCUGCUCCUGCAAGUUACUCCAAGAAAAUACUUCACAGGUGCAAUCCCUUGUGCAGUUAUAUUCACACUAUACUGUUUAUGAUGGGUACCCACUCAUCUCUUCUAAAAUGGAUCCAUCCAUUCAUCCACCCACCCAUUCUUCCAUCCACUUGUUGGUCCAUCCAUCCAUCUAUCCACACACUAAACAAAAAUUCUUGCCUCUGUAUACUUCUGCAUCUGCCUGUCCCCAAAUGGAUCCCAUGCAGAUAUGUAUUGCCAUCCAUCCAUCCAUCCAUCCAUCCAUCCAUCCAUCCAUCCAUCCACUCUUGCUUUCACACCUUCUUUCCUUUUAUCUCCUUUUGCUAUUCUUCAUUUUUCUUCAGAAUUCUCCCAUGAUGGGAAUGGGGUGCAGACCUGUUUAAUGCAGUGAUGCUCCUGGUUAGUCUUUAUGAACAGAGAUUUCUGAAUCCCUGGAUUUGCUCUGGUUAUGCAUGGUGGCUGAAGGCCUCCGGGCAUGUAUGUAAGCAUGGUGAAAUGACAAAGAAUUUUGACCACACAGAGGUUGCCUGGUGGUGUUGUGGAUCUCUCCUCUUACAUGAGACCCCUUCCUGUCUGCAGGUCUCCAGAGAUGUGGCAUCAGAGCUUUGGACUUUUAGGAAAAAGUGACAUCAAUGAACCAGGAUCCUUUUUGUUGGGAAAGGAGUUCUACGUACCCCUGUGCUCACUGCCCCUCUCUAGUGCUGUGGUGGAUGUUGCUAUCCAGGACUAUGUAGCUGAUGUGGUCUCGGAACUGAUCUACCAUAACGAGAGUCUGAGAUCCUCAGAAGUCACCUUUGUCUUCCCCCUGGAUCCCCAUAUGGCCAUCUAUUCCUUCCAGGCCUGCAGUGAGGAUGCCAAGUUCAAGGCUGUGCUGCAGGAUGAGACCCAGCAGCUGCACAAGGCUACAGUGGAGAAGGAGAAUUUUCAUUACCUUCAGUAUGGGGUUGAGAAAUCAGGCGAGGUGUUUGCAUGCUUCCUGGGUUCCCUGUCCCCUGGCAAGGAAAUGGUUGUGACCUUACACUAUGUCCAAGAGCUAUCACGGAAGCCAGAUGGAGCAGCCCAAUUUGUGCUGCCAUCCACAAUGCAUCCUUACAAGAUUCAUUACACCUGUAACUGUCACACUGACAAGCUACACUACAGCCUCCUGCUCACUGUCAGCCUCCAGUCACCCCGUGGUGUGGCUGAUGUCCAGGCCAACUGUGCCCUCACUCCUUUGAUCUACACUGCCCAGGACCACAGUGCUGCACAGGUCUCACUGGCUGGCACUCCCCCAAAUCACCAUUUGGAGCUGCUGGUGUAUUACAGAGAACCUACUGCAGUUAGCGCUGUGGUGGAGAAAGGAAACCCUGCUGCCACUGCAGGCUCUCUGUUUGGUGAUUCCCUGGUGUUGGUGACACUGGCACCCAACAUCCCUGAUGCAAAACCUGGCCAAGACCAGUCUGGAGAGUUCAUCUUUGUUUUGGACAGCACUUCCCUUGAGCACACACAGGACCCUUUGUUCUUCCUUCUCAAAAGCCUACCCCUGGGCUGCUACUUCAACAUCUACUGCUAUGGAGCAACAUCUGUGGGCAUCUAUCCGCAGAGUGUUGAAUAUACCCAGGACAACCUGAAUGAGGCAAUGCAACUCAUACCCACAAUUGGCUCCAGGCUGGGUGACACGGACCUGCUCGGAACUCUCCGCACAAUCUACAACACUCCCCGCCCCUGUGGACAUGCACGCCAGCUCUUCAUCUUCAUGUCUGGGCUACCACCUGACAAGGAAGCCAUUGCUGCUGAGGUCUGCCGUCAUCGCAACAGCCACCGGUGUUUCUCCUUCUGUUUUUCCACGGACAGUGCUACCCUGGCCACAGCCCUUGCCAGGGAGACGAAGGGUGAAGCUAUCUAUGUUUCUUCUGACAAUGCGAUAGUUCAGGUGCUGAAAUGCUUGAAGCAGGCCCUCAAGCCAGUAGCUGAGGGAGUCUCUCUGGACUGGACUUUGCCCUCUGGCCUGGAGGUUGAGGUGCUGGGAGGCACCCCUCAGUUCAUCUUUCAGAGUCAGCACAUAUUCCUCUAUGCACAGAUCCAUGGAAAGGAACAGAAUAUGAAGGAGGCCAGUGGUGUCAUGACCUUGCAGUUCAACCUGAAUGGCCAGGUUGUCACUCACAAGAUCCAGUUCCCACUAUGCCCACAGGGAAAUGGCCGGAUGGCUGGUCAUCGUCUGGCUGCAAGAUACUUGCUGGAGAAGCUGUUGCCAGAGGUUGCGAGCGGAUCAGGGGAUGAACCAAUGCAGCGUGCCAUUGAAAUCAGUCUCACAUCUGAAAUCAUCUGCCCCUUCACCAGCUAUGUGGGUGUUCGUACAUCACGGAGGGCCCCCUGGUACCAUGGGCCCCUGGCACUGCUGCCACCUCGCCAGUCAUUCAUUCCCUGCAAGAUCCUUUUGCUACACAGCUCCUUCAGUGGCACUUCCUGCUUUCCUAAGACUAUAUGGUACCCACCUAGCUGGCACACUGCACUGCAGGAGUCAUGGAUUGCCAUCAAGCAUCUCACCAAUGGCAUUGCUAACUUAUUCCAGCAUGGGACUCACAAAGAAGCACCUAAACAGACGCCACCAUCAAUUUCCUCUCUCAAGUAUGUAGAUUCAACAAGAUUUGUUUUGUGCUCUACAAUUUCUGGGCCGUGGAUGAGUGAAGCCAUUGCUGAGUGCAGAGACCUGGUGGCACUGCAGAACGUAGAUGGCUCCUGGACCCUCAGCUCAGAUUUAGCUUCUGUGCUACAGGUUGAUGAGGCUGAAAUCAAGGGAAAGAUGCCUGAUGAGGUCAUGGAGCCUAGUUUCUGGGCAACAGUGCUGGCUGUGACCUGGCUGCAGAGACACAACAGGCAUUGCCACGAGAUAUAUGACUUGCUGGAGGCAAAGGCUGUAACCUGGCUGUGCAGCCGAGCUGUGUCUCAGCUGGACAAAUGCCUGGAGGCAAGUAACACCCUCCUCGGGAGCAGUGUGAAUCCAAGCAUCUUUAGGCUAUGAGCUCAACAUCAGCAUAUAGAACAUCAGCAUCUGUGGAACAAAAUAGGGCCACAAAUCAUAGCUUAAAUUUACCUGUCAUGCUGUAACACCACUGCUGCUCCCAACAAGGUUAACAGAUGAAUUCUCAUUAUUUGUGAGAUGUCUCCUACUAGCUGGGCUGCAUCUGCAUCAUGCUUGAGCACAACAGAAAACCUAGUUCACAGCCUCCACUAUGUUUGUUUUAGCUGCAGGUGGGAGUGGAAGGGAAGCAUAACUUUUUUCAUGGAGUAGUGGCCCUUUCCAAAUCCACUUUUGGCAAAAUGGGCUACUGGCCAGCUCACACAUGGCUUCUCUCUUGAUACAGAAUUGCUGUGCACACUAGAAAAGAUGAAUGUUUAGAGGUGUCAACAAAAGGCAUAGUAACCAUAGCUCCCACUGAGAAUGUGCUGCAUCACACUUUCUGCCAUGCAUGUUGGCAAAGUCUCUGGUUCAUCUUCCAAUAAACAGUGAAUUUUCUGCAAGCUACAACAUGUGACAAAGCCUUGAUCUUAGCUGUAGCAGCAUCUGCUCAGACUGAUGGCUGACUUAUUCUAGCUAUAGCAGGAAAGUUUCUGGGUUGUUAAUGAUCUACCUUUAUAGCUUUAACGUUUUCACUCCAUUGCACUAUGUAACUCCAAAAAUAAAUGCUGUUCUUCCUUUAAGACUCAUCUUUUCUGUCUGGAACAGACAAGUGCAAAGCGCAGAGAAACAAUUACGUAUCGUUCCAUCCCUAAAAUGUCAAAGGAGACACUUCCCAAAAUACGGAUUAUUUAUAUACCACAAGGAAAGCUGGAAGUUUCUAAAGCAUUCCAGAGUUUUAGAUUCAGAGCUCAUUUUAUGGAAGGAAAAUCUGAACUUUCUGUUGGUCCUCCUGUGAGGUAAGGGUUUCCAAAAUGAACAGGGAGACAAGGCAUAUGGGGUGAAAAAAGUGACACUCAGACCUGGGUUUUCAUUCCCAGGCACCAGGAAAAUCAUGGCUUUAUCCUGAAGAUUAGAGAAAAGUGCAGUAUUUGCUCAAGAUACUCUGGAGUAUUCUGAUGUAGCCAGUAGAUCCUUACAUACAGGGAACUAGAGGUGAAGAUGUGGUUUAGUUCUGCCCCUGCCUAGAAGUUUUCCCUCCUGAAAGUCUGGAAAGUCAUCACAGCAUACAGUGGGGUAAGCUCUUCUAAUUGUUUUAUGCCUGUUUUCAGCAUCUCCAGACACAGCCCCAGGCUAAAAGAAAUGUGUAUUUGAGUUUGGGUGAAUCAUCUUGAGCAGCUGUCCAUCCCAAGAUUUCUGUGGACCAUCUAGGUGCUCUCCUUAAGCAUUUUCAUUUCUUUAAAAAGAUUCUAAAGUAAUGAGAAAGAUAUAUUAAUGUGCUCAUCUGCAAAGCUGGGAAAACCCUAGGAAGGGAUAUGGGAGACUUUUAUUCCUGAAGCACAGACUUUCCAUUAGCAAGCAGUUUACCACAAGCAUGCACUAGAUGAUGCUCCUUCCCCCAUUCAUCUGCUCAUGCAGCCACUCACUGGUAAUACUGUAAGCAGAGACCCAAAACUACAAGUGAACAUACUCGAUAUCUGCAGUAUCAACUCUUGUUCUGAUUGAAUGGGAAUCCACCACAAUGCAUCAUCAACUGAGGAGGAAAGCGUGAAGCAUUAGCCAGUGAAGAAAGAAACUGUGACUAUAUGAAGUUAUGUGUAUAGUGAUCUUUAACAUAGACCAUGGCAUGUAGGCAUGACAAUCACAAAAGUUCAACACUGCAAACAAGGGCCACGUUUUUCAGAACGGAAAGAGAAGCUGGAGUUUUGAGCUCUGUGUUAAGGAAUGGAUAGAUUGCAAAGAACUGCCUCUAAAAAAAGCAGCCAUAAAUAGGUUGAGAGCUUGUGAGUAAAAAUUAGGGACUAUGCCAAGACAGGACAUCAGGUGGUCACGGCCUGCUAUAGGCUGCCUGAUCAAGAGAAUCCCACUGAUGAGAACUUCUUGCUCCAACUAUAAGCAUCAUCCUCACAGGCUCUCAUCCUGAUGAGGGAUUUCAACUACCUGCAUAUCUGCUGGGAAAGCAACAUGGUGGUCUGCAAACAAUCCAGGAGGCUCCUGGUCCAGGUACGAGAUAAACAAGGAGAACUGUUACUGGACCUGGAGGAGAUACAUUUUCUGUACUCCCUUACUGCAGAGAGCUGGGUAAGGUGGAGAGAAAACGCUGCAGUUCUCAAUCAUACAAUCACAGAAUCAUCAGGCUUAGAAAAAAACUCUAAGAUCACCUACUGCAACCAUCACCCCAUCACCACAAUGCUUCUCUCUGGACAUAAAUACGAAGGGACCUACACAAAAGUAACAGUUGCAGGCAUCUGGAGGAAGGAUGGUUUUUGGACAUCUUCCCAGACAUCUUGCCGCUGCUGUGCUGGACCAGAAAGGAUACCCCAAUGAACAUUCCCAGAGAUGCCCCAAAAACAGACAACUGGCUUGGGAGAGAAGUCCCACGUUCCAUACUGGGCACUGCAGAUAAAGACUGGGAAAACCCACACGCUCAGGUCUCAGCUUUCUGCAGGACUGCUGGGACUUCAGCAUGCCAGGCCCUGUGGCAGGAACACAGAUAAACCCCCACACUGCGUCCUGGCAAACCAAGCCCAACUCCUACCCCCAGCUCAGACAAGGACGCCUAUGGAGACUGGCGGGCUUCUGCGCACGCGCCAGUCAGAAACACCUUUCAGCCAAUCCGGCACGUAGUUAUGCGCAUGCGUAUUAUCUCUAAUAACACCUUAGUUCCGCCCUUUUG